AUGUGGGUCAUCACUCUCAUCUCAGCAGUCUGUCUGCUGGCUAGUCCAUCUCGGGCUGGAAUCAAAGAUCUCAGCUCUCACUUCAGUGACCCCAAACCGGACCCCAGAGGCUUCGAACCAGAUGGCACAGUGGACAUAGAGUCCCUACCCUUGGAGUACCACAAGGAAAACACUGUCACUAAUGACCUAUUUGAUGGCUUUGAGGAUGAAGAUUAUAUUGAUUUUGAUAAGAUCCUAGCAGCAGGCAGUGAUGACUACAUCGAAGGGGAUGAGGUCGAUGAGAUUGCCACACCAGCCCCCGACAUUGACAUCUUUGCCGAACCCUCUGACCCAAAGAUUCGCCGUGCCAGACUUCUGCGACUGUUCCACGGUCGUUCUCGCCUUCAGCGCCUCAACAUGGUGAAUGGCCGUUUUGGCUUUAACCUCUAUCGAAGUCUUCGAAACAACGUCAACCAAACUGACAACAUCCUGCUGGCACCCGCUGGGAUCUCCAUUGCCAUGGGGAUGAUGUCUUUAGGAGCGAGAUCUGAAACUCAUGAUCAGAUCUACAAAGUUCUGGGAUUCGCUGAGUUUGUCAACGCCAGUCAUCACUAUGACAACACAACGGUGCACAAGCUAUUCAGGAAGCUGACACACAGGCUCUUCAGGAGGAACUUUGGCUACACAUUGCGCUCUGUAAAUGACGUCUACGUCAAGAACAGCAUCUCUGUGAAAGAUACUUUCCGUGCAGAGACAAAGAAUUACUAUUUUGCAGAGCCUCAGUCAGUGGACUUCAGAGACCCUGCCUUUCUGGCUAAGGCAAACCAACGCAUACAAAAGCUGACCAAAGGGCUGAUUCGGGAACCACUGAAGAGUGUGGAUCCAAAUAUGGUGCUGAUGCUACUUAACUACCUGUACUUCAAAGGAACUUGGGAGCAAAAAUUCCCUAAAGAAAUGACUCACUAUCGCAACUUCAGAGUUAAUGAAAAAACAAAUGUACGUGUGCCAAUGAUGACAAACAAGGGGAACUACCUAGCUGCUGCCGAUCAUGAUUUAGACUGUGAUGUCCUACAGCUCCCAUACACAGGAAACAUCAGCAUGCUCAUCGCCUUGCCAAGGAAGCUCACUGGCAUGAGGUCCUUGGAGCAGGAGAUCUCUCCCACUGUUGUCAAUAAGUGGCUCAAAAACAUGACAAACAGGACACGUGAGAUUGUGCUACCUCGGUUUAAACUGGAGCAAAACUAUGACUUGAUUGAAAACCUGAAGAAGAUGGGCCUCACGGGCAUGUUUGAGGAGACUGCCGAUUUCUCUGGCAUGACCUCUGAAAGAGUUUCCAUGAACUGGCUGAAGCACCAAGGAAUCAUCACUGUGAAUGAAGAGGGAACAGAAGCUGCUGCUCUGACUCAGGUGGGCUUCAUGCCGCUCUCCUCUCAGAUUCGCUUCGUCGUCGAUCACCCCUUCCUCUUCCUGAUCUACGAGCACCGCACGGACUGCCUCGUGUUCAUGGGCCGGGUGGCCAAUCCCUCCCAGAGCUAA